AAAAUUUCUUCUUCUUUAAGGCGCAUUCUUCCUCAUGAUUCGUGAAUGAAAUCACAUAGCAAUCCUCGCCGCGCCCGACUCCGAUAUGAACAUAAACGGUUCUUCCCGUUUCCGCCACCGGAAAACGCCGUCGAUCGACCGAUUCCUCAGCGCCUACCCCCAACAGAAGACGGACACCGCCACCGCCACCUCCAAGAACGAAGAAAACGAGCUCAACGAAGACGAUAUAUUCUCAACCGGCGACUUUUCCGAAGCUUCCAACAACCUCCAUCACCACCACAAUAGCCCUCCCUCCACCACCUCCUCCCCGCGCCACAACCAGCUCCAUUCCCAUACCCAUAAAGCCUUCCCCCAGCUGGAAUCUUUCGGCAUCCUGGCGGCCCUUCCGGAGCACAAAACCAACUCCCACCACCAUUUGUACCAGAAAACAGCGCUUUCUUCGCCCUCGUCAUCCACCUCGUCCUCCUCAACGACCUCCUCUUCUCGUUUCAUUCCUUCUAUCCCUAAGCCACCGCAGGACAGAGUGCCUGUUUCGGCAUCCUUUUCUUCUUCCAAGUUCCACCAGCCCCAGUCUGCGCCGGUGAACGUGCCGGUUUUAUCGAUGGCAAUGAGAAGGAGACAUAGGGAAUUCGAGGAGAUUGACGAGGACGAGGAGGAAGGGGAUGGAGAGAUGCUUCCGCCGCAUGAGAUCGUGGCGAGGGUGCAGUCGCCGAUGUUGGCGUGCUCGGUGUUGGAAGGGGUGGGGAGGACUCUCAAAGGGAGGGAUCUUAGACAGAUAAAAGAAAUACAAAGAACAUGCGUUAUAUUCAAGGUAAAAAGCUCCAAUCUAAUGAGCUAUUGGAUGCUUGGCAUGAUGAAGAAUGAUUGGGAAUAUCCCAUAAUUUUAUUUAUAAAGACCUAAGGAUCUGGGCUGCAUGCAAAUGUUUAUGAGCUCACAAUGUUAGGUAUCUUUAAUGCGAAUUCGGUUCUGUUCUGCAUUUAGUGUAAUGAAUUUUAAAGUCAAGUUGAUUCCAACCCAAUUAAAUGAGUCGAAUUUAGUUGUUUGGAGA